AUGGCUUUCUUAUCCCUGGUCUGGGUGGCAGCACUUGCCAUCCCAGCCAUUGCCCAGGAUAGGCAGCCUGACUGGGAAAAGUCCCCAAUGGUCGCCCCUCAAUUACAACCUGACGCCCACAACACGGCAUACUGGCCUUGGAGGUCCCUCCCCUGGGGCGAGAUUAACUUUCUUCACACAACCGACUCGCAUGGAUGGCUGGAAGGGCACCUGAAUGAGGUCAACUAUGGUGCCGACCUGGGCGACCUUGUCUCCUUUAUGGAACGCAUGCGUGACAAGGCGGAUCAAUACAAUGUUGACCUUCUCGUCGUUGACACCGGCGACAUCGUGACCGGCAACGGACUCAGCGAUGUUACGAAUCCCCAAGGCCGGAUAUCGAAUAAGAUUUUCAGGAACCUCCCCUACGACCUACUCACAAUUGGCAACAACGACCUCUACGAUCUUGAUGUCACAAAGGAGAUUAGAACAGACCUCGCGAGAAUCUACGGUGACCGGUAUCUGACAAGCAACGUGGACGUGGACAUCGAUGGGAAGAAUGUGUCCAUCGGGCACAGAUACCGAUAUUUCACUACAAAGCACGGCUUGAAAGUCGUAGCAUUUGGGUUCACCGUUCAGGACUUUGCGAGACCAGCAGCCGUCUCCGUCCAAGGCCACGAAGCCAUAGUCGAAACAACGUGGUUUCAAGAGGCCAUGAGCAAAGACGCCGAUCUCUACCUCCUUAUUGGGCACGCCGACGUCGCGGAGAAUUGCAAGAUCGAAAACCCUAAGUACGGUGGAACAGAAAAUCCCCUGAUCUGCAUGAAGGACUGGUUCCGGACGAACAAACCCAACACCCCCCUCCAGAUCUUAGGCGGACAUACGCACUUCCGCAAGUUCCAAUGCUAUGAUGGGGCAUCCUCUGGCCUGGAGUCGGGUCGAUACUCUGACACGGUCGGAUGGCUUGCCCUUCGCGACGUGGCACCAUCAGACUCACUCUCAGGCUCAGGCAGCUGGAAUGGAUCGAAGACAAUAACCGGAGUGGACAUGCCGACGAGGACAUGUCCCCCAUCGAGCACGACGUCUUCUAGCACGGAUGCUAUCUCUACAAAGGUCGUCCGUCUCGACCGUCGCUACCUCGACUUCAACCGCCAAACCUUCGCAUACCAUGCAAUCGGCGCGACCGGGCCCGACAUCCCAGACAGAUUCGACACCCCCCUGGGGCUGAAAACCACCGAUGAUAUCUACAAUGCGCGAGUGAAUCUCAACCUAACCAAGGUGCUUGGCUGCGCUCCUCAGACAUACUAUAUUUGGUCCGAGAGAUUCAACUGCCCGGGAAACAUAUUUUCGAUGGUCAGAUUGGCGUUGAACACCACUGUGAAUCGGAAUGAUUCUCCCAGGUUGAUUCUGAUGAACACCGCCGGCAUUCGCUAUGAUCUAUACAAGGGUCCGUUCUCGGUGGGUGACGGCUUCACGGUUAGCCCGUACAACGAUCCGUUCCUGUACCUCGCCAAUGUUCCCUACGACACGGCCACACAGGUCAUCUGCAAACUGAACAACGGUGACAUGUGUGAAAAUGAGGAUCCAGCCGGGGCAUGUGACAUGUCCAGCUCUUCCACCUAUCCUCCCGGUCCGAACAACGGCGUUUCCAACCAGCAGCCCCUGAUGAACCACCCAGCCAUCGAGGAACAACUCAACCCCGGCCAUGUCACAGCCGACGACUUCGGCAACUGCAGUAUCUCAGUCAGUUCUCCAGACUGUGGCGACGACACUCAGCACCGUGCGGUCCCUGAAAAAUACCUCAUCCCGAAGAAUAUCCAAGCCAAGGGCAACAUCGUCACGGGCAUGACCAAGACGGUAGACUUGGUGUUCACAGAACACCUAAAGAAAGGCAUUCUGAAUCUGGACAUUAUCAAGAAUCUGGGCUACACUGAUAAGAAUGUCAGUUAUUACAUGGAAAAGUCCUUCACGACCAGGAGCUUUCUGCAGAAAUAUGCCCAGGUUGCGUGGAAUGAGAACUCUACCUCCUGUAGUAUCGGGCCAUGA